UCAAUCGAAUAGAAUUAUGACCUUCAUUGAGUAAGUUUAUCAAAGUUGAAGCCAUAAUAUAUUCGUUUUUUGAAUUGUUAUCCAUAUUUAGCUUUCAAGAUGAACAUCAAUUUUGCUUUGUUUGUUUUUCUUCAGAAAGGCAUUUUACUUGCAUGGACAUCAACCCCCGAUCAUGAUACAAGAACAAUAUCUUGGGAUUACUAUGAAAACAUUCCUGGAAAUUGGGGCUCCUUGGUGUUUAUUCUGCCGGUGGUGCCCGUUCAGCCAAUCAGAAUGAGCCAAGGUCAGCCAGUGUAUCCGCCAGAAGUUGAGGAGUCUGUAUGGUGUCAGCUCAGAAGUCCGUACUACUGCCUUUUUGGGUACAGAACAGCGUUUAAUGAUGAUGAUUUCACUGAACAUGAUUAUGAAGAUCCUGCUCGAAUAGCCCAUUUGGAAGCAGAAGCUGUCUUGCAGAAGGAAAACGAAGAGCAAUUUAGUCAUUUGAUCCGUGAAAAUUGGCAUCGUAUAAACAUGUUCAACAUCGGAAAUCUCGCUCGAUGGGAUCGAGACUAUCCGACUCCAGACGAAGAUUGCUGCGGUGAUCAAACAUUUGUGUAUUCGAUGUUCGGUUAUGAGGGCUUCAAAAUGGGCCCUGAAUACUACUGCCAGAAACUUACAGACUAUACUGAGACUGGAAAACAACUCAACUAUCUUCGGGCUGUGCACGAUGCUUCCAGAUGUGUGGAUGUCGUUACACAUGUGGGCUUCGGAGAAGCACCCUUCGUCUAUGAUGGAUUCGAACUCAACUCCGACCACCCAUUGGUUUUCCCGGAAAUUCCCGGGGCCGUCGCCUCAUUCCCAGUCGAUAAAAUCUACCCGCCCAACUCAAUCGAGUUCCGGUUUUUCAAACACAAUGUCAUGUGUCGGGCCCAGCCCUGGAUUUGUCUGAAUGAAUGUGUCAUCCAGUAAAAUUGAGAGUUUGAAGUGAAUCAUGCUGGUAGUCUGAUGUUGUUUGUAUGUAUCUUUUCUUGAGUGAGAACAAAAAAACUGUCUACGAUCAAUAAAAAAACUCAGCCAGGAAACCAUUCUGAAAACUUUAACAUUUUGAGGCCAAACUCUGCACUAGAUAAGCGCACUGUUUGGUGUGUGAAGAUCACUGGAAUCUAGAGACGAGCCUAUCAACA